CAGAGGGCGGAGGGCGGUGGCAGCGGCAGCGCUGGUGGUGGGGACCAGCUUGGUGGCUUCGGCAAACACUGACGCCGGCAACUGCCCGCCUCGUUCCACACCCAGUCCCCGUCACGGCUUGCAGCACCCUCGCCACCGGCGUCCGGCGAUGUGUCCCACCGACCGGGCGUAGCAGCUGCGCGUGCGUGGAACCGCGGGGCCAUGAGCGAAGCCGGCGGCGCCCUGGGCUGUGGGUCCCCGGUUCCCCAGCGAGCGCCAUGGAACCUGGUGGCCGCAGCGACCGCCCUCUACCUGGUGUCGGCCACGUCUGUGUGGACGGCGGGGGCCACACCCAUGAACAGGGAGGAGAAACAGAAGCUUGGGAAUCAAGUACUGGAAAUGUUUGAUCAUGCUUAUGGUAACUACAUGGAACAUGCUUACCCAGCAGAUGAACUCAUGCCUUUAACCUGUAGAGGUCGUGUUAGAGGCCAGGAGCCAAGUCGAGGUGAUGUUGAUGAUGCCCUGGGAAAAUUUUCCCUGACACUGAUUGAUUCUUUGGAUACUCUUGUGGUAUUAAAUAAAACUAAAGAAUUUGAAGAUGCAGUGAGAAAAGUUUUAAGAGAUGUUAAUUUAGAUAAUGAUGUAGUUGUAUCUGUCUUUGAAACAAACAUCAGAGUUCUUGGAGGUCUUUUGGGUGGACACUCACUGGCAAUUAUGCUGAAAGAAAAAGGCGAAUACAUGCAGUGGUACAAGGAUGAACUUCUCCAAAUGGCAAAGCAGUUGGGUUACAAACUUCUGCCAGCUUUCAAUACUACCAGUGGCCUUCCUUAUCCAAGAAUUAAUUUAAAGUUUGGCAUCAGAAAACCAGAGGCUCGGACAGGGACUGAGACAGAUACCUGUACAGCUUGUGCAGGUACCUUGAUCCUUGAGUUUGCUGCUUUAAGUCGAUUCACUGGAGCAACAAUAUUUGAGGAAUAUGCAAGAAAAGCUCUUGAUUUUCUCUGGGAAAAAAGACAGCGAAGUAGUAAUUUAGUGGGCGUGACUAUCAAUAUUCAUACUGGAGAUUGGGUACGAAAAGAUAGUGGAGUUGGAGCAGGAAUUGAUUCAUAUUAUGAAUAUCUGUUAAAAGCUUAUGUCUUGCUUGGAGAUGACAGUUUUCUGGAAAGAUUUAAUACACACUAUGAUGCCAUAAUGAGGUACAUUAGCCAGCCACCUCUUCUACUCGAUGUGCAUAUCCACAAACCAAUGCUGAAUGCUCGGACUUGGAUGGAUGCUUUGCUUGCCUUUUUUCCAGGUUUACAGGUUUUAAAGGGGGAUAUCAGACCUGCUAUUGAAACUCAUGAGAUGUUAUACCAGGUGAUUAAAAAACACAAUUUUCUACCAGAGGCAUUUACUACAGAUUUCAGAGUACAUUGGGCUCAGCAUCCUUUAAGGCCAGAAUUUGCUGAAAGUACCUACUUCUUAUAUAAAGCUACAGGAGAUCCUUACUACCUUGAAGUAGGGAAAACACUUAUUGAAAAUUUAAAUAAGUAUGCUAGAGUGCCUUGUGGAUUUGCUGCCAUGAAGGAUGUUCGUACUGGAAGUCAUGAGGACAGAAUGGAUUCUUUCUUCUUGGCUGAAAUGUUUAAAUAUCUUUACCUAUUAUUUGCUGAUAAAGAAGACAUUAUUUUUGAUAUUGAAGAUUACAUCUUUACAACAGAAGCUCAUCUAUUACCUCUUUGGCUCUCCACUACGAAUCAGAGAGUCUCUAAGAAGAACACAACCUCGGAAUAUACAGAACUGGAUGACAGUAAUUUUGACUGGACUUGUCCAAAUACUCAGAUUCUCUUCCCUAAUGAUCCACUGUAUGCCCAGAGCAUCCGUGAGCCCUUGAAAAAUGUGGUGGAUAAGAGCUGUCCUAGAGGCAUCAUCAGAGUCAGAGAGGAGAGUUUCAGGAGUGGAGCUAAACCCCCUCUAAGAGCCAGAGAUUUCAUGGCCACUAAUCCCGAGCAUUUAGAAAUCCUGAAGAAGAUGGGGGUGAGUUUGAUUCACCUGAAAGAUGGAAGAGUCCAGCUGGUUCAACAUGCAAUCCAAGCUGCUAGUUCAAUUGAUGCUGAAGAUGGAUUGAGAUUUAUGCAGGAGAUGAUUGAAUUGUCAAGUCAGCAACAAAAAGAACAGCAGCUACCUCCACGAGCUGUGCAAAUUGUUUCCCACCCAUUUUUUGGCAGGGUAGUAUUGACUGCUGGACCAGCUCAGUUUGGGCUGGACCUGUCUAAACAUAAAGAGACAAGAGGCUUUGUUGCAAGCAGUAAGCCAUACAAUGGUUGUUCAGAGCUUACUAACCCUGAGGCAGUGAUGGGAAAAAUCGCGUUGAUACAGAGAGGACAGUGCAUGUUUGCGGAAAAGGCGCGCAACAUCCAGAAUGCAGGAGCCAUCGGUGGCAUUGUUAUUGACGACAAUGAGGGGAGCAGCAGUGAUACUGCCCCUCUGUUCCAGAUGGCAGGUGAUGGAAAGGACACAGAUGACAUCAAGAUCCCCAUGCUGUUCCUAUUCAGCAAAGAAGGAAGUAUCAUACUAGAUGCCAUCCGGGAGUAUGAAGAAGUAGAAGUGCUCCUUUCUGAUAAAGCAAAAGAUCGAGCAGCAAUUUUAAAAGGUAAAAUGAUUCCAAGCUACAUUAUUAAUAGUAAUCCUGAAAUGGAAAAUGAAGAACAGCCAUCCUCUGAAAAUGAUUCUCAGAAUCAAAGUGCUGAACAGAUUAUAUCAAUUUCUCAGGCAGUUGAUUUGGUUGAUCAAGAGGCUCCUGAGGAAAGUUCCCUAAGCUCUCACUCAGACUCAUCACCAGCAGAUACUGACAAUGCUGCAAGCAUUUCUCCUGCUGAACAGACUUUGAAUCCCAUGGAAAACCAGGAGCCUACCAGUCUGGAUGGUGAAUGUACAGAUCUAGAUAACCAACCUCAAGAACAGUCAGAAACUGAGGAAGACUCCAAUCCUAAUGUUAGCUGGGGUAAAAAGGUCCAGCCUAUAGACUCCAUAUUAGCAGACUGGAAUGAAGAUAUAGAGGCAUUUGAAAUGAUGGAGAAGGAUGAACUAUGACUCACUGAAGAAUGUGGUGGUAGGUAUUUAAAAAGAAAAGGUAAACUGUGGUUAUAGACACCCUAAUACUAAGCAGGCUCUCUAAGGGGCUUUAAGUAUGGUGAUGAGCAACCAGGGUCUGACUGGCAUAGGUAAUUAUCAUAGGAAUCUGGAGCAUGCUGCAUUAAAAUUGACCUUGGUUAGACUGUCCCAUCAAAAGUGGAAACUCUUAAUUCCCCCCUCAAAUGACAGCAUUGCGCAACUUGCAGCAUGCCUGGCCAGGGAAAGACAACUGGGAAUUCCUAGGAACUGUAUUUCUACUGUCUCUGGAUAGACAAAAAACCAAUUCAGUUAGUGGAGUAAAGAAUCAGAGUUUGUAGCUUUCUAAUUAAAGAAAGCUCAACUUUCCUGAUUUGUGUUGAGGCUUUUGGGGGAAGAUACAUAGGGUAUUGUGGCAUUCAGAUUAUGCUGCCUUCACAAAAAACACUCUGAGUGGCCUAAGUGGUUAUGAAGCAAACACACUCAUGGUAACAGUUUUUUGCUCAUCACUUGCUUCAUUCAACAACAGAUAUUCAAGAUGACUUGAUUUUUUUCCCCCCUCCUAACCAUGCCUUCUUUAUUUAAACUAAAGGUGAAGCCAGUGUACUUUCUCAGUGAGUUUUCUACAUAAAGACUAAUCAGUGAGACCAAGUAAAAAGGUCUUAUUCUGAAAAUUGCUUACUUUUGAUAAAUGGAGCAAGGGAGAAACUAUAAUGUUGCAAUAUGAACUUCCCAUUGGGCCUUCCAUUAAGGAAAGCUGGAACUACUCUGAAAUGAAACAGCAUAUAUCCUAGUGAGGUAGAUUAUAAAUCUCUUCCAGUUCAUUUCUCUGAGAGGUGGUUACCUCUAGCCAUCAGCCUUACUCCAUACCAUGUUUAGUAUGCAAUUUGAGCCAAAAGGCCCAUAUCGCCAACAGCUGAAUAUAUUUUGUUCCAUUUUUCUGUCUUAUGAAGCCAUGAUAAAAUUAUGGUAGUGAUCUAAAAUUUCUUAAGUAACUACUGUUUCUCUACUUUGAAACUUUGGUUUCUAAAGUUACACCUAAUAAGUCUGUCAUAUUUUCUGUUGAAUCAUGAGUUUUGGGUUUAUUCUUGUUUUGUUUUAACAAAUAUUCCUUAUGAUACGGAAUUGAACAUUAGUCUGCCCUGACCUGUGCAAAACAUUUACAUAGUAGGAAUUACAUAUAGCUAUGUAGCUUAAUGAAAAUUUUUUCCCUUUUUCUCUUUUUAGUGGCAGUCUAAUGCUGGCCACAUUUAAAUUUUAAAAUGUUUAUUGUUAGCCUGGAUUUGAAAUCAUGGUUUUUGCUCAUUUUACUUAUUUUUUAAACCUAUGUUAAUCAGUUCCAAAGGAAUAUUUGAGAAACUUAAUUUCCUUUCUUUUUACCGUGACAUUACACAAUAACCUGUUCCUAAAACAUGGUUUUGAGGUACUGAAUAACUUACAUAUGGAGUUGUUAAAGAACAGCAAUGCUGUGUUGUAGUUAUGUAUAUUUAUGUACAGUAUGUCUUAGAUCCCAAGUAAAUAAUCUUUUAUAAGGGAAUAACUACCUACUUCAAAAAUUCCAGCUAAACAUAAUUGGGUCAGUGAGUAAUAAAUCUAAUAGAAAAUUUGCCUUGGGGAAGGGAAAAAAUAGUAGUAUAGGAAGGCCUUUAUUGGCCCUUAAUUAAACCUGACACCAAAAUGGAUAUUUUUAGUCUCUUUGCAUGUGAAAUUUGAGGUAAAAAGAUAGAACUAUAAUACAUACGCCGUACAGAAGGAUAGACAUAGUGCUGUUCAUUUUAAUUGGAAAGCUGCCAAAAUAGCUGAAGCUUAGUUACUUGACUUGCCUUGAUUGAUAGGACUGGGGCUUGGAGAAAAGGAGCAGAUGUUCCUGUAAGACUUUGAUUACAGAAGCCUUAUGUACAUCAAUUUGAUUUUGUAUUUGUAGCUCAAAGCCAUUGUUGUCUAAAUGUAACUCUUCUAAGUUAUCUAAACAACAUAAUUUUUUUUCCAACAAGGAGAACUUAAUGGCACAAAGAAUCCUGUGACACACUAGGAAAAGCCAGCUUACUGCCACUCUCCCUUCCUUUGGCCAUUAGAGGGAGCCAUUGUCCUUCACUGAGAUUUAGAAGCAUAUCAUUCACUUGUUUAGAAAACUAGACCCUUUUUUAAAAAGAAAAAAAAUUUAGUUAUACUUAACACCCAAGAAGAAAUUAUACUGGUUUUCCCUACUUAAAAAAGAAGAUAUAAGUUCAGCUUCAAAAUACCAUCAUUAUACUGUGAUGAAGUAGUUUUUGAGUUCAUUAAAAAAUCCAGCAGCAUUAUUUAGAUUUUUUUAAAUGUUUUGUUAAAUACCGUUCAUAGAUAUUUUAUUUGCUUGCUAAAGAUUCAGGGGAUUCUGUGAGACCCUGAAUUUAGAAACAUCUGGUCUACCUCAGUUAAAUGUUGACUGCUUAGAAAUGGAGCUGAAAGGAUCACCACAGCCAUAAAAUUGUUUGACUAAGAAAGAUUUAUACAAUGUUUACAAACCUGGAGUCAAGUAAAAAUUUUAGCUGAAAGUUAAAAGAUAUGAAAACAAGUGUUUAAUUCAGGUAUUUUCCAAUUUUAAAAUUUAAUUUGUUUAUCUACUAAAAAUAAAAUAGCUAUAGUUAUUUUGCAUAUAAAAGUCCAUUGAAAUGAUGUGCUCUAAUUUGCAAUACUUUUCCCAUAAAGUUUUAAGUGUGAAAGAAUUACAAAUUACUAGAUAUGUUUGGGGUGGGAUAUUUAGUUGGGUGAGUUUUUCUUUAACCUGUAAUUGGCUUCUAAGAAGAACGUAAUUGUUUCAGAACAGAUUAUUUUGUGAUUUUACUUUUCCUUUUUUCUUCACAAGUUUAGAGAUUUUUUAAAAUGAAAAAUUGUGCACUCUUUGAUUUUAAUUUCUCUAAUAUAGUUACUCUCUCAAGAAUUUUUUUUUAGAUUUAAAUUACCAUCACACAACUCUUUUUAUAGCAAAGCCAGCAUUUGUUCUGUCACCAAACCCCAUGCCAAAUUCAUCAUAAAGAAAGCUCAGCAUAAGUAAUUCAAAUAGUGCUUAUAAUUUUACGGAGUGGGGGUGGGUAGAAUUUAGUAAAUAUUUCAACUGGUCGUUUUAUGCACAAGGCUUCAGUCAGAACAUAGAAAAAAACAUUCUGUGAAUGAAACAUUGUAUGUUCAGAUUUUAUAAAAGAUUUUUAAAAGCCCAAUUUACAGCCGUAUAUUUUCUUAUGAUGUAAUUUAUGAAAAAGAUGUCUGUACUAACAGGUGCUGUAACACUACUGUUGUUGGGUUUUAUUGUUUGGUGAUAAAUGUAUACAAUAUUUCUAAGGGAAACUAUGUACUGUGAUGUAAAAGUCUGGGCAAAAUGUAUAUAAUCCUUGUAUAUAAUUGUGUAUUUGAUUAUAAUUAUUGAUUGUAAAGAUUUAAUAAACAUGUAAAUAUUC